AUGGUGAAGGAUCAACUGGACCGUUCCGGGCACCUGAAGCUGCUGAGUGGCGGCGCGGUGCUUACCGGCGGCGGCGCGUUGCUGCCCGGUGCGGCGGAGCUGGCAACCGAGGUGUUGGGACUUCCGGCCCGCAUAGGCUAUCCGACGCCGCUGGGCGGACUGGUGGAAGAGUACCGCAGUCCGCAGUUCGCGACCGGAGUAGGUCUGGUGAUGUACGGCCACGGCAAGCGCCGCCCGCAGCACUUCGACAUGAAUACCAGUGAGAGCGGAUACGACAGCGUUUGGGACCGGAUGAAGCGCUGGUUUCGCGAAUUCAUAUGA